AUGAGUAUUUUGAAUUUGUGGCUCUAUGAAUUCUGGCUGCUAAUACUGAGUUCUGGUUUGAAUGCGAGUUUUUUGCCAGCGGAAGAGGACGUCGAUUUUAUCAACGAGUACGUGAACCUCCACAAUGAACUCCGAGGCAACGUCCUCCCGCCAGGGUCUAACUUGCGUUUCAUGACAUGGGAUGUUGCAUUGUCACGGACUGCUAGAGCUUGGGGGAAAAAAUGCUUAUUUAAGACUAACAGUUAUUUAGACGAACUAAAUAUGGUGCAUCCUAAAUAUAAUGGUAUUGGUGAAAAUAUCUGGGUUGGCCCUGAAAAUGAAUUUACUGCAAGUAUUGCUAUCCGAAAUUGGCAUGCAGAGAAAGACAAUUAUGAUUAUGAAAAUGGGAAUUGUACUUCUGAAUGUUCUCAUUAUUUGCAGCUUGUUUGGAAUAACUCUUAUAAAGUUGGUUGUGCUGUUACUCCAUGCUCCAGAAUUGGACAUAUUAAACAUGCAGCAAUUUUCAUAUGCAACUAUGCACCAGGAGGAACUCUGAGGAGAAGGCCUUAUAACAAGGGACUGUUUUGUUCUGAGUGUGGCAGCGCUGACACCUGCACAGACUACUUAUGCAGUAACGCAGAUCGUGACGAAGUCAUAUAUUACCGAUAUUGGUAUCCAACGUGGGAAAAGCCCCGGCCACUCAUAUGUAAUCCAGUGUGCAUAUUGACCUUUAUAUUGCGACUACUGUGUUUUAUACUAAGUACAACAGUAGUUGUGUUGGUACAGAAACACUUUCCAAAUAUCUUAGUGGAACAAGAGAUGUAUUUUACCCCUGAUGAAUUAGAAGAAAGCAAAGACAGGAAGUUGAAGGAAGAGAAAAUGCAAAAGGUA